CGCUCAAUUAAGCAGACAUCCCCGGAAGAAGACAAGCAGCCAUGGCUAGCUUCAUGUCCAGUUUCUUUCCUGGAGGGAAAGAAAAGAACCCGGCCAGCGAAAAUGGCAGUUCGCGACCUGCUACGCCAUCCACCAGGGUGGACAACUUCCUCAACCCCGCGAGCACACCUCAAGGCAGCCCGAGCAAGAAGACCAACCCUCCUGGCUCACACGACCUCCCGUCUGCAUUCGAGAGUGCCUUGACACUCAAUCCUCCUGUCAUGGAGCCACCCCUCAAGUUGGGCCGCCCUCAAAGCGUUAUAACCCCGCUAUCACCUGGCAAGACCAAGGUUCAGCCACUCGACGAGUCCAACGUCAAUGUCGAUGAAAGCGUCGUCCACAAGACGCGGCCUGUAAGCCCUCAAAAGAAACAAGGCCAGGAGAACACACCCCCUACCUCUCGAUUGGCUGGCACCGAUUCUCCCCACCAACAUAGCCAUGCUGCCGUCACCCGUCAACAACACUAUGAGCACAGAGAGCGACCAAACACGCCUGCGACGAAGAAAUUCAACACCGCUCGAGGUCUGACACCCGAAGAGCGCGAGAUUCUUCAGAAGCCCAACGUUAAGCGGCUCGUCAAUGUUACUCAGCUUUACUUCCUUGACUAUUACUUUGACCUCCUCACCUAUGUUGGAUCAAGACAAAAUCGACUAGCAGCCUUCAAGAACGAAUACCCUCCGCCCCCAGAGACUGAUGAGCAGACGCACAACCAAAUGUGGACCAAGUACACAGGACGAGAACGCGCCAACUUGCGCAAGCGUCGAGUUCGACUUCGACAUGGCGACUUCCAGAUUUUGACACAAGUUGGUCAAGGUGGAUAUGGCCAGGUUUUCUUGGCUCAAAAGAAAGACACUCGUGAGGUUUGUGCCCUCAAAGUCAUGAGCAAGAAGUUACUGUUCAAGCUUGACGAAGUUCGCCAUGUUUUGACGGAGAGAGAUAUUCUGACCACCGCCCAAAGCGAGUGGCUCGUUAGACUCCUCUACUCUUUCCAGGAUGAAAAAAGUAUUUAUCUGGCCAUGGAAUAUGUGCCUGGCGGCGACUUCCGCACCCUGCUUAACAACACCGGUGUGUUAUCUAACCGCCAUGCCCGUUUCUAUAUCGCCGAGAUGUUCUGUUCCGUUGACGCCCUGCACCAGCUCGGUUAUAUCCAUCGAGAUCUCAAGCCCGAGAACUUCCUUGUCGAUUCUACAGGACACAUCAAGUUGACCGACUUCGGUCUUGCUGCAGGUGUGCUCGCCCCGUCCAAAAUUGAGUCAAUGCGUAUCAAGCUGGAAAAAGCAUCCGAAAGUGCAGUUCCCUUCGGCAAGCCCAUGGAUCAGCGAACUGUGGCUGAACGUCGAGAGAGCUACCGGACAAUGCGCGAGAAUGAUGUCAACUAUGCCAAAUCCAUUGUGGGAUCGCCUGACUACAUGGCCCCAGAGGUUCUUAGAGGGGAGGAAUAUGACUUCACAGUGGACUAUUGGAGUCUGGGUUGCAUGCUGUUCGAGGCACUCACUGGAUUCCCUCCUUUCGCGGGUGCCACCCCGGAUGAGACGUGGCGUAAUCUGAAGCACUGGAAGGAGGUGCUGAAGAGACCUGUAUGGGAGGACCCCAACUACUUCCUGAGCAACAGAACUUGGAAUUUCAUCUGCACAUGCAUCAACUCUCGCACAAGACGAUUCUCGAAUAUCAAAGAUAUCUAUGCUCACCACUACUUUGCCGAAGUUGAAUGGGAUGUUUUGCGACAAACUCGUGCGCCCUUUGUACCAGAGCUGGACUCGGAAACUGAUGCGGGCUAUUUCGAUGAUUUUACCAAUGAGGCUGAUAUGGCCAAGUACAAGGAGGUUCAUGACAAACAACAAGCUCUCGAGACAAUGGCUGAGCGUGAAGACCAAAUGAGCAAGAGUCUCUUCGUCGGAUUCACGUUCAGACAUCGCAAACCCGCAACGGAAGAAGGCGGGAGCCCCAGAAAGCGCAUUCCCACUGAUGAGACGUUUGGGACGAUGUUCUAGGACGAGCCCCAAAUUCCUCAGACCGUGGUUGGCUGGCGAGGUUUUGUCAGUAGGGAAAAAGCCCUUUUCUGAAGUGAUACGAGCGGGUUGCCCCAGGUCCUUAUUUUCGGGUCUUAGGGUAUGACAUGCAUACCAUUAUGAGG